CAGAAAAGGUCUUUUUCCCGUUGUAAACACCUUUUACGGUCUAUGGUAAACACAUCGCUCUGGGCGGUGGUGUGCCUUACAGUUAUAAAUAAUUAAUAACAACAUUUUUUUUUUCAUUUCAGUACUGUUGCAUAUAGUUUAUCGCUAAGAAUGAAGAAGUUUUUCGAGGACAUCAAGAAGGAUAUAAAGUUCAAGUCAGCUGGGCCAGGAAAGAAACUCACAGAAGACUCGAGAAACGAGUUGGUGACACCUGGUGUUUCGUGCAGUUCUCGACCUGAAGCCUCGCAGGCUGCCCAGAGUAAAGGAGCGUCCAGGAAAGCUCCCAAUAAAGGCGCACAGAUGGCAGGGGCCGCAGCCCUCGCCCGCAUCGAGCAGCAGCACCGGCCGAAAGUGCAAACCUCACAGGACGCCAUAAGGAAUCAGGUAAAGCGAGAACUUGAAGCAGAGGCGGCUGCCAUAGCGGCCAGUCAGAAGAACACAGAUGUCGAGGCCUCCAGGGUUCCACAGAAGGAUCCGUCUUGUUUCUCAGUGGCGGGAGUUUUCUUCAUCUGCCCUCUUACUGGAAAAAUCUUAACAAAGACCGAAAGAGAGAUGCACAUCAAGGAAGCCAUUCUUAUGAGGUUCUCAGAGGAUGUGAUGGAGGCCUCCAUUAUGAUGAUUCACACCUUUAAUAAAGACAAAGAGAAAGUGAAGGCUGCCAUUGACAUCAUUAGCAAGUACAUCGAAAACAUCUGUAAGAAUCCGACUGAGGAGAAGUAUCGGAAGAUCAAACUUAGCAACAAGGUGUUUCAGGAGAAGGUCAGUGUGAUUGAAGGAUCUCGUGAGUAUCUUCAGGCCCUGGGAUUUGAAAGCACCGCGCUGCCGGUAGACGGCGAAGAUAGGACUGAGGAGUACCUGGUGUUGCCGCCGCAGGAACCGGACGCUCUGGAGCAGAUAAAGGUGGAUUUGGAGCUGCUGCAGAAGGGCGAGCCAAUCAGAGCGAAGCUGGACCGCCAACCGCAGGUCUUCAGACCCUCUCAGAACGCCACGAACUUUGAGUUGCCCCCAGACUUCUACAAUCUGACUCCAGAGGAACUGAAGAAAGAAAUGCAGCUCAAGAAUGAAAUCGUGGAGAGAAACGCAAUGCUGCGAACGAAAGCCAUGCGUGAAAAAGAUGAGCAGAGAGAGAGGAGAAAGUACAACUACGCUCUUCUGAGAGUGCGGUUACCGGAUGGAAAUAUACUCCAGGGCACGUUCCUGGCAUGGGAGAAAGUGACAGCGUUGUACCAGUUUGUGCGAGAUUCGCUGGAGAACGGCUGGCAGCCCUUUGAGCUGGUGGCUCCUGGAGGACAAAAACUCAAGGACGACGACACGCUUGCUCUGAACGAGUGCAACCUGGCCCCAGCAGCUCUGUUGAUUUUCUCGUGGGACGCCGCAGUGCUUUCAGACAUCGCCGCCGCGGGAGGAAAGACUGCUGUUCUGCUUAAAGCAGCAUUAUUGGAAAACAUCAAGAGCAUGAGCUGAACAUUUAGUCUCCCUGGUCGCUGCUGUCCCGCCUGCGUUCUCUUGCCACUCUUAGUGAUUUUUCUCUCCCAUCGCCCACACCUCCAUAGGUUUGGUUGAGUCCACAACAUGUGCUAGGUGGAUUUAUAUGGUGCUAACAACUGGAGUUGUUUCCUGUCAGUGAUAUAUUAUGGGAAGUGUUAGCACCUUAAGGGGCAAUUUCUAAACAGUCUGUCCUAUUAUAAUGCAUUGUUGCGUGAAGUAACAUGACCAGUCAUCAUAUGAUAACGGAAUCUGUGCACUUUUUAGCCAUUGCUUAGAAAGAAAUGAUUAAUGUUCCAUAAAAUCUCAUCGACAACGGUUUGAAAUUGAUCUAACAUGAGCACUACCAAGUUCAGAUUGUCUUUUGUGAUGAAUUGAAGUUGUUUCCUGCUUAACAAAAAUGUGACUACGCCUGAAUGUUUUAACGGAACUUAAAUUAGACAAAAAGCUGUGGUCUGCAACAAUGAUCUACCUCCUAAUAGAGAUAAAUGUCUGAUAAAUGUCACCAUGUCAUGACUUGUAUAAUUAAGCCCAAAGUAUUCUUGUUUUUACACAUGCAGCAUGUUUGAUGGUUUCCCCCUUAAUUGUUUGUACUAUGCGUUCCCUUUGCACAUGUCAUUUUUUGCAAGGAGUUUGUCCACAAGGUGCUGACCAUGAUGUCACCGUUGAAAGGAAACUCUUUUUGUAAUUGACAAGCUUGUCCGAGGUUAAGAUAUGCGCAACUGUAGUUUAAAUGAAUAUUACAUUAUUUAUGACUCAUAAACUAUAUAUAUAAUGCAGACACUGGACAAGGAUGAAUUUUUCUAGUGUGUCUUGUGUGAAGCAUGUGUUAGCACACGCAAUCCAAUAAAAUGUACUUUGAAAGGCUGUUCACAUCAAAAAUCCCCCUCAUUUUCAACCCAGAAGUAAGCUAUUAACUGAAUAUUGAAGACGAUUCUUUAAGCCUUAAUAGGCAGGUAGAAGAAUAACAGUAAAGGAUAACAUUUUUGCUACAAACCAGUGUUUAUGAUUACAGUAAAAAUGCACCAGCUCUUACAAAAAAAAAAAAAAAAUGAAGUGGGUGCUUUGGGUGUUAGUGUAAUCUACAAUAAGAUUAUGCUCUAAUGCUAUAUGCAAUAAUGCUCACUGAUAGGGAUGCACCGAAAUAAAAAAAAUCUACGCCGAAACCUAAAAUUCUGGAUGCACUUUGCCGAAGAUUGCAUAAAAAUGUCAUUUUCUUAUUUUAAAUAAAUUUUUUGUAUUGUUAUACUUUUUAAUUAAAUGCAGUCAUUUUACUGAAUCUGAAUUUAAAAACUAGAAGCCAAUAAAAUAAC